UUAUUAUGAGCCAUAGUGUUUGACUCAUCUAAUACAUAAUAACCAUGUUGGAAACAUGUCUGUCUACUUCAAGAAUUCUAUAUUUUUAGAAUAAUCAAGACAAUUUUGCAACCUUACUGAGAGCUGUGUUGCUCCUAUUGGUGUCUGCUAACAGAGAAACAUGAACUUGUUAUGCUGACUGUAAUAUUUAUCACUUAAUAGAAAUUACAUGUUUCUACCAUGUAUCAUGAUUCGACAACGGCUUGUAAAUAUUAAUGGUAUCAGAGGUGGAAGACAUUUUGUGUUGACACUUAUUGCUGGUGUGAUCUUUGGAUUUUUCUCUGCAUGGCUUUUAAUAACAACCACAAGAGAUGUGCCAUAUACGUUUAAUUGGUUUACUGGAGGACUAACGUCUUCUAGAGAUCCACACCAUUAUUCAGAACUAGAAUCAGAAGUUGGACCUGACACAGAGGUAAAAUUCCAUAGUGAAUAUGAAGAUUUUCACAAAGGUGAAGAUGAAGUUGCACGAGACCUUGCAAAGAAAGUACGUGUUCUUUGCUGGAUUAUGACAGGUCCAAAAAAUCACCAAAGUAAAGCGCAACACGUGAAAGCAACAUGGGGCAGACGUUGUAAUAUUCUCUUAUUUAUGAGUUCUGCUGAAGAUACAAAGUUACCUACAGUUAUUUUACCUGUGAAAGAAGGAAGGGACAACUUAUGGGCGAAAACCAAAGAAGCAUUCAAAUAUGCUUACGAAAAGUACAAAGACGAAGCCGAUUGGUUUAUAAAAGCUGACGAUGAUACAUACGUAGUAGUAGAAAAUCUACGGUACAUGCUGUCAUCUUAUAAUCCAAGUUCACCACUAUACUUUGGCUGUCGGUUUAAACCGUUUGUCAAACAAGGAUACAUGAGCGGUGGUGCAGGAUAUGUACUUAGCAAAGAGGCUUUACGUAAAUUCGUAGUGGAAGGUUUACCUAAUAAAACUAAGUGUCGCACGGAUAAUGGAGGUGCCGAAGACGUGGAAAUGGGAAAGUGCCUGGAAAAUAUCGAUGUUAAAGCAAUGGAUACACGUGAUCCACACGGUCGUGGAAGAUUUUUUCCAUUCGUUCCGGAACAUCAUUUAAUUCCCAACCACGUAGAUAAAAAUUUCUGGUAUUGGAAGUACAUUUACUACGAUACCAAAGACGGCCUCAAUUGUUGUUCCGAUACCGCGAUAUCAUUUCACUACGUGUCACCUAAUAUGAUGUACGUUCUUGAAUACUUAAUUUACCACUUAAGGCCGUACGGCAUUACGCACGCUGUGGAGAAACUUACUGUGGAUCAGUCGAUCACCGUAUCAACUGAAUACUAGUCUUUAUUGUGUUGUUUUAAUUGAAAACAGCGUAAGCAACGAUGAGCGAGUUUCAUUUCUUAAAAUCUUGAAACUUAAUACCUUGAUCUGCUUUUGAAAUCAUUAAUUAUAAGCACCAAAAAUCAUUUCUCAUUUUUGUUUUUAUAUACAUAACGCUAGUCCAUUCAGGCCAACGAAUUUAACUAUAAAUACGUUCACUGAAAGAUAAAGUGUGUGAUAUAUAGGGUGAAUCGCUCGCUGCUAACGUCAAAAGGCAAGCCGCCUGCUUUGUCGUUUAACUGUCCGUGACCGUAAACGGUAGCUUAUCCCUAUUCAACAGCCCAUGUGUGUGACAAGAGACAGAUCGAGAACCGACACUCUCUCUGUCUCUGUCACACACAGACUGCUCAGCAAGAGUAGCUAGCGACUCUUAAAUGACAAUACAGGCGGCUUGCCUCUCGACCCUAGCAACAAGCGAUUCAACCUGUAUAAUAUUACUACGUAUAUAUAUAUAUAUACAGGGUGUCAAUUUUAACU